AUGCGAGAAAUUUCCGGCAAGGAAAAUUGCUACCAACCCGCCACUCGCCACCCGGUCCAUUGCCUUUUUUUUUUUUUUUUUAUUGACUUUUACUCCUUCAUCUUUGCUUCUUCUUCUUCUUCUUCUUCUUCUUCUUCUUCUUCUUCUUCUUCUUCUUAUAGACAAUCAUCAUCAAUUGACAAUUUUUCUUUCUUUCUUUCUUUCUUUCUUUCUCAUCCAUUGUCAAUAUUUCUUACUCCCUUCCUUCCUUCCUUCCUUCCUGCCUUCCUUCCUUCCUUUCUUCCUUCCUUGCUUGCUUGCUUUUCUUUCUUUCUUUCUUUCUUUCUUAUUUUCUUUUCCUUGCGUAUUUCUUCUUGUCGUCGUAUUUUCUUCUUCUUCUUCUUCUUCUUCUUCUUCUUCUAUAGUAUAGAAAGAAACAAAGAAAGAAAAUUGUCAAUUGAUGAUGAUCAUCAAUUGACAAUUUUUUUUUUUUUUUUCUUUCUUUUCUUUCUUUCUUCUUCUUUUCUUUUCUUUCUCAUCCAUUGUCAAUAUUUCUUACCUCCCUUCCUUUCUUCUUUCCUUUCUUCCUUCCUUGCUUUCUUUCUUUCUUUCUUUCUUUCUUUCUCAUCCAUUGUCAAUAUUUCUUACUCUUUCCUUUCUUCUUUCCUUUCUUUUUCAUAUUUCUUUCUUUCUUUCUUUUUUUCUUUCUUUCUUUCUUCCUUUCUUUCUUUUCCUUGCAUAUUUCUUCUUGUCGUCGUACUUCUUCUUCUCCUUCUUCUUUCUAUAGACAAUAUUUUUUUUUUCUUUUUUCAUCUUCAUCAUCAAUUUCUUUUUUUUUCUUUCUUUCUUUCUUUCAUUCAUUCUUUUUUUCUUUCUUUCUUUUCAUUUCUCCAAUAUUUCUUUCCCUUCCUUCCUUUCUUUCCUUUCUUUUUCUUUUUUUUCCUUUAUUUCCUUCUUUCUUUCUUUCUUUCUUUCUUUCUUUUCCUUGUGUAUUUCUUCUUGUCGUCGUACUUCUUCUUCUCCUUCUUCUUCUAUAGACAAUAUUUUUUCUUUCUUUUUUUCAUCUUCAUCAUCAAUUGUCCAAAUUUUUUUUCUUUCUUUCUUUCUUUCUUUCUUUCUUUCUUUAUUUCUUUCUUUCUUAUCCAUUGUCAAUAUUUCUUACUCCCUUCCUUCCUUUCUUUUCCUUGCCUAUUUCCUCAUUAUCCAUUGUUAAUAUAUCUUUCUUUCAUUCCUCUUUUUCUUCAUCUCUUCUUCAUUAAAUGUUUCUACAUUUCUUCAGCCGUUCCCGCUUAUCUUUAUUCUUUUUCUUUCUUUCAUUCCAUGUUGCUUCAUACUUCUUUCAUUUUGUCAUUCUUUUUUCCAUACCUUCUUUUUUUUUCUAUCGUUCACUCUCUUUCAUUCCACGUCGCCUUUUCUCUUCACUUUCUCGUACAAUCAGCGACCCCCACUUCCCGCACCCCCGUCUCUCUAGCGUUUGACUCGUUCGAACUUUCCCUUUAUCCUUUCGUCCAACCUCUAGAGAGAGAGAGAUUCUCCUUCAAUAUUAUACCGCAUUUUCUCUUUCUUUCCUUCUUUCUUUCUUUCUUUCUUUCUUUUUUCCUUCUUUCCUUCUUUCUUUCUUUCCUUCUUUCUUUCUUUCAUUCUUUCUUUCUUUCAUUUAAUCUGCCUUUCUUUCUCACAUAUUCUCCUUCAAUAUUAUACCGCAUUUUCUCUUUCUUUCUUUCUUUCUUUCUUUCUUUCCUUCUUUCUUUCUUUCUUUAUUUUUUCUUCCUUUCUAUCUUUCUUAUAUUUUGUCUGUCUUUCUUUCUCACAUUUUCUUCAAUAUUACAACGCAUUUUCUUUCUUUCUUUCUUUCUUUCUUUCUUUCUUUCUUUCUUUCUUUCUUUCUUUCGUUAA